UUCUUACAUAGAGCAUCAGUAUUGGCAGUCCAGUCCACUGUUGGUGAUUCUUGGAGACAAAUGUGUAUAUGACCGCUUGAUGACUGCAUGCCCACACUGCAUAUUCUUCUAAAAAUGAGCUAUACAAGAUUUGUCUAAUGUUGCCUAUUUUUUCUUUCCCUAUUUUUCCUUUCAUUGCUUUGCUUUGACUCCAUGGGUCAAGUAUUUUGUAUCACAGACACACCAUAGCUGAACAGUAACUCAAAAAUACCAAAUUAAGCCACAAAAUACUGGCCAUUAGCUUAACAUUUAACACUGAUUUAACUUCUUUGAAGCCAGUACAUCAUCUCAACAAAAAUCUUGGUUACAGCAAUAUCAUGGGUAAGGUCCCUGUCUACAGCACAAGACUUGGCUCUUCUGCUGUGUCCAAUAGGCUUAGUAAGGAGAAAAGGCUCAAAGUCUGAACAGUCAGUGAGUUCUAGCCAAAGAGAAAUGAGUUGUUAGCCAAUGUGACAGACAGAUAACUAGCAUUUCAUUUACCAGUUUAUUCAAAUAUUUUAAUGUCAAAUAAAUUAUAACGUUUUAUAUAUGCCUUGUCUCCUCUCUGUAUCCAAAUUGUUCAAGCAAGUUCUUUGUUAUACAUGAGCUUUGCUCUGUAUUGAAAUUGGCCACUUCAAGUUUACAAUUCUUUAUUAGAAAACUCUUACAGUAUCAGAUAGUCCUAGUACAAACUGUUUUUUAUAUGUAUGUUUGUAUAAAUAUAGGUUAAAUAUGUGAAACUAGGUAAGGACAAAAAAAAAAAAAAUGAUAAAAUUCAAACCAUUUGCUGCUGCAUGAGCCUCUGUCCCUCAGCUAUGUCACUGUACCAGUUCUCUCUCACAUGUAUUUUCUUUCCACAGUCCUUGCCUUAUGUAAAAUACAUUUUGAUGAAAAGGAACUUGGGGAUAUUGAAGCCUUGAGUGCCACUCAGGACAGACGUCUAGUUCUUUCUACAUGGCUCAAGAUAUCCAUUCGACAAAAAAGAAACCUGGAGCAGCAUCCUCAUACAGAAGACGACCUGAUAAAGAAGUCGCUGCUCUGUCAGGUUUGACGCAGGUAUUCUCUGAAGUUAUAAAAACAUUCUCACAUGAAGAUCUCCUCAAAAUUACUGAGUACUAUAAGCCCUACCUGGUCUAUGUAAUUGAGUAUGAUAUCACUAGUAUCCUGCAGAACCUGGUCACCAAGGACAUCCUGACUAAUGAUCAGGCAAAGAAAUUCAAACUCAAAGAAGUGUCCAGGGGACAAACAGGUGUGGAGUUUUUUAUCAAUGAUGUGAUGAAGAUGGACAGAGUAGUGCUGGUCAGCCUGUGGAAGGCACUGGCUGAAGAAAUAGUGAGAUUUCCAUCCCCCAAUCUGACAAAAAUACUUGAGGAGGUGACAAAGGGAGGUCCAUUUCUCUUGCAAGAGAUUCAGGCCAGUCUCCAGCCCCUUUCAAUUAAGACUCACAUUAAAGGCCUCCAUGAGACACACAGAGGUGCUGUGUCUGAAUCAACAGAAACACUGGAGAAUCAGACAUCUCCUGGAGAUCCAUGCACCAGAUCUGUUGUUUUUGAGACUCGGUACACAGAGCUGAUGGUUAUUAAUCAGUACAAAAGAACCUACAAUGAAACUCAGCAUGAACUUCUGAAGACUGGGCAGACUCAUGCAGAGCUAGUGGAGAAGCGAACAAAGGAGAAAUGUGAGCGAAUCUGGACAGAGCAACUUUUCAGAAGGAGUCCUGGAAGUGAGACUUCUCCUCAUGUUGUAGUGGUCAGUGGAGUGGCUGGAAUUGGGAAGACCACCAUGGUUCAGAAAAUCAUGUUUGACUGGGCCAGAGGCAUCCAGUACCACAGAUUUGCAUUUGUGUUCCUAUUUAAAUUCAGGGAUCUAAAUCUUUUAGAUACAGAGAAUGAGCCACAAAUGCCUCUGACCAGGCUCAUUGUGAGACAUUAUAAAUAUCUUAAUGACCCAAGACUGAUAAACAUCCUGCAGAAACCUGAAUCGCUCCUCUUUAUACUUGAUGGCCUAGAUGAAUAUAAACACAAACUGGACUUUAAUCAAACACGUCUGUGUACAAAACUCGAUGACUAUGUUCCUGUUCACACCCUUCUCGUCAGUUUGGUGUGUGGAAAGUUACUGAAGGGCUGUUCUAUCCUGAUCACAACCAGGCCAACAGCUCUGGAGUCCUUAGACAUGGAGAGAGUUGAUCGAUAUGCAGAGAUCCUGGGUUUCUUCCCCGAACAAAGGCUGAUGUACUUUAAGAAGUUCUUUGGUGACUCAGCUUUAGGCACUGAAGCUUUUCAGUAUGUGGAAGAGAAUGCCAUCCUGUACACCAUGUGUUUCAAUCCUUCGUAUUGUUGGAUUAUCUGUUCUGUGCUGAAAAGCCACUUCAUGACACCUGAAGAAAAGCGAGGAGCUGCUCCCAGAACUGUAACUGAGCUCUUUGUGCUGUUCCUUAAAAAUAUCCUCACCAAUCACAAGCGGGAAGCGGAUGACCAACAAGGGAUUCUUGUUAAACUUGGAAAGAUGGCUUAUUAUGGGGUAGCUAACAAGGUUCUUGUAUUUUAUGACAAGUUUGAGAUGUUUACCUUUGGCCUCCGUCCAGUCCUGUCCACUCCAUUUCUUUCUGGGUUUCUCAAAGAAAUCCUGCAGCGAGAAAGCACUCUGGAGUACACAACAUACACGUUCUUCCACCUCACCCUGCAGGAAUUCAUGGCAGCCUGCUACUUUUACCUUGAUCCAUCAGAGGGCAAUAAGGAGAUGCUUGUGAAACUGGACUCCUGUGAAGAUGGCCGAUUUGAGAUCUUCAUUCGAUUCCUGGCAGGACUCGCUAGGUAUUCUGUGUUUAAAACACUGGAUGGAAUUCUGGGGAAGUUUGAGAUAAAGACAGCCAAGAGCAUUCUGGAAUGGGCGAAGCAGAAAGCUGAACGCAGCGCUACGGGGCCAGAUAAAAAUGAAGCACUACGAGUGUGUCAGUGGCUGUAUGAGACCCAGAAUAACAAACUAAUCAGAGACGCCAUUGGAACAGAUUUAAAGAUGGACUUUAGUGAAUCAACUGUAUCACCUCUGGACUGUGCUGUGCUGGGCUCUGUCAUCAGCUGCUGUGGUGAACUUCAGGAGCUUAUAUUGUCACAAUCUCAUCUCACUGCAGAAGGCAUUAGGAGACUACUGCCAGGUCUCAUUUUCUGUGAACAAGCCAGUCUUUUCUCAUGUAGCCUCACUUCUAGAUGUUGUGAGGUUCUCUCUUCUGCUCUCUCUGCUGAACAAUCUCGUCUGACUAGCCUGGAUUUGGGCUGCAAUAACCUGAAGGAUGCAGGAAUGUGUCUGCUGUGUGAGGGGCUGAGGAGUGCAAACUGUAAAUUAGAGACACUGGGGUUGCAGGCAUGUGGCCUCACCUCUGGAUGUUGUGACGCUCUCUCAUUGGCUUUCUGUGCUGACAACACACACCUUAAAGAGCUGGAUCUGGGAGAAAAUAAACUGGAGGAUUCAGGAAUGCACCUGCUAUGUGAGGGACUGAGGAAUCCAAAUUGUACAUUAAAGGAACUGAGGCUCUACUCAUGUGGUCUCACCUCCGGAUGUUGUGAGGCUCUUGCAUCAGUUCUCUCUAGUAAAGACUCACACUUGGUUUAUCUGGAACUGAGAAAAAAUAAUCUGGAGGAUUUAGGAGUGAUUAAACUCUGUGAGGGGAUAAGAAGCCCAAACUCAAAAUUAGACUCAGUGUGGCUAAUGUCAACUGGUCUCACAUCUAAAUGUUGUGAGGCCCUUUCCUUGGCUCUCUCAGUGGAACACUCACAACUAAUGGAGCUGUUUCUGGAGGACAAUAACCUGGGAGAUUCAGGAGUGCAUCUGCUGUGUGAGGGGCUGAAGAGUCCAAACUGUAAAGUGGAGAUGCUAAGGCUGUCAUCAUGUGGUCUCACCUCUGGAUGUUGUGAAGCUCUGUCCUCGGCUAUCUCUGUUGAAUACUCGCAACUGACCGAGUUGGAGCUGAAUGACAAUCAGCUAGAGGAUUCAGGAGUGCAUCAUCUGUGUGACGGGCUAAGGAACAAAAACUGUAAAUUAGAGACAUUGUGGUUACAGUCAUGUGGUCUCACUGCUCAGUGCUGUGAAGCUCUCUCCUCAGCUUUCUCAUCUGAACACUCACAUCUGACUGACUUGUGGCUAGAAAACAAUAACCUGGAGGAUUCAGGAAUGCAUCUGCUGUGUGAGGGGCUAAGGAACAAAAUCUGUACAUUAAAAACACUGGGGAUCAGUAACACUGGCAUCAGUGAGGAUGAGAAAAGGAACAUGAAGACACUAGAGGAGGAGCUGAACAGAGCUGGACGGCAGAUGGAAAUAAAAACAUGAGACCACCAGCUUUGGCACUUCUCCUCAGCUCGCUGUAGUUGUUGUUGAAAAUCACACUUAAAAUAUUUCUCUAUUCAAAAUUGUGGUUUUACUUAACAUUUUUUAAAAAUAAACAUUACAUUUCAUUGAUUUUGAAAA